AAGAUUAAUGUCUCCGACCGCGAGAAGAGUUUUGAAAAUGACAUUACGCUUUCUUAACACACGAACUGGCGAUUAUACAGCAGAAUAAUCAGAUUACCGAAGAUUGGCCAAAACAGCACAAUAUCCAAAAGCUUGCAACAAAGGCUGACGGCCUCUUCACCUAUGCUGCUACAGCCUGCCGCCGCUGCCCAGCCUGGAGGAGACGCUGAACGGCCUGCGUUCAGUAUUGCAGUACCUGAAAGGAGCGAUGAUACGGUUCAGCUGCUCCGUCUUUCCUUUCGUGACUUCCUUAUUGACAAGCACAGGUGCCGUGAUGACGACUUUCGUAUACCAGAGACCGUAGCGCAUAAAGUGCUCUUCCGACGCUCUGUGAAAAUCAUGUCAAAUAUUCUUCGACACGACAUUUGUUGUCUGGAAAGCCCAUCCACUUCAAUUUCCGAUGUUGAAAAAUCGCGGAUAAGUCAACACAUCCCUACAUUUGCAGCAGAGAAUAGGACCGAGCCAGAGUAUCUGGUCCAGGACGCUCGGCGUUCGGCCCUCCUGUUUUGCCCGAAAGUGAGUAUCGUUCGCAGCCUACUCAGGAGCCAGAUCCCUAAGUUGCUACUGCAGAUACCGACCGUGGUCCUUCAGUGGGAUCCUUUGCUUCAAACACUAAAGCCCCCCGGGAGUGCGAAUUUGGUCUUAUCUCCGGACGGAAAGCUGGUGGAGUCUAGCAAUGGCCAGAUUUGGGAAACCUCAAUAUUUUCUCCCGACGGUGCAUGCUUGGUAUCUGCAUCCGAGGAUGAAACAGUUUAUUUCUGGAAUACUACUACCGGCGAUCUGCGACGAACUCUUAGAGGACAUCAAGGUGGACAAUUGGUGGCCUCUGCGUCGUCCGAGGACAGCUCCAUAGAACUUUGGCAUUCAGCAAGUGGGGUUCUUUUGGCAACAAUACUGUCUUCAACUGGAACGCAAUACCUAGCAUUUUCGCCUAAUAGUAGGCUCUUGGCACUAACGAGCACCGACCAAGACCUCUGCCUCUGGGAGACAGCAACUAGAGCACUCCUAAGGAGAAUUGACGGUGACUUUUCCGCGCCACUAUUCUCACGCGGCGGGGAUCUAUUAACAUUCAUGAGACAGCAUCCGCAUCUAAGACAGGAAUUCAACUGUGGGACCUUACCCUCAAGGCGAACCAACCCUCAUGCAAUACUCACCAGGACUAGAAACGAUGCGGCCAUGAUUUGGGAUGUGAAUACUGUUGGCCUGCUUAGUACCAUAGGUGGGCGCGAUGACCAAUUUCUCAACGUUGUUUCUUCGCAUGAUGACAGUCUCAUGGCUUCAUCACGUCAGGGAGCACCAAUAUUGAGAUUCUAUACUCGAGAACAGACGGUAGAAUUCUGGGAUCUGCAUCUCUUGGAGUAAACCACAACCUGGAAAUCGGUUACCGUUUUACUGAAAGUGACGACCAAGAAUACAACACAACCCCUCCCAAUCCGUCUAUCCGUACUUGGGAUGGAAGACUUGGAGAAUUGUUACAGACACUCGGUGAUCCUCUAGGCUGCUGCAUCAUUUGCUUAUCGUUUACUAGAGAUUGGAGCAUCGUAGCAGCUGCCAAUGACAUCGGUAAACUAUGUCUGAAAUUUGUAAUUCGCUGUUCUCUACCCUAUUCUCUCCCUACAAAUUCCUGGACAGAUAAAGCUCAACUGUGGGACCUUCGGAGCGGACCGAGACCACUAGGUAGCUGCACGGACCGCUGCUUAUUUCUACUCCAACUACGUAACGGAGGUGGGCAAGUUAUCUAGGUACCCAUGUACAGUAUGCUAUUAGUUAACUACAAUUCACAUUAGAACUGAU